AUGUCUUUAAGAUUAGUGUUGUUGCUGUGUUUUGUGGCUGGUGUUAUCCCUAUUCAAUUAUCUCUUCAAGAAGGAGAGGAGAUUAAUGAGAAUGUUGUGCAGGGCUCGAAGUUAAAUGAGUGUUUGAAUGACAGACGAGGUACAGAAGUCGGAGUUUGUUUUGGCAAAGAAUUGAUAAAUAGACUGAACGAAUAUGAAGAUUCGGAUACUUUUAGUCUUGCCACUGGUGUGGCUUUGGUAAGAGAUGAGAAAACUCCGAGGGAUAUUGGAACUUUUUUGGAUAAAGAUCCAAUGGAUUUCAGGUCGAUAAUGGAGGAUGCCAGUAAUCUCAUCUCCAAAAGAUCUCUCCAUUGGGACUUGAGUGCCAUGUACCCUGGACUGGUGAUGAGGAUUGGACCAACAUUGGCUAAUGGUGUAUUGGAGUUUGUUAUGGAUCCGAGGGUCAAGGAUCGAGCGUAUCAGCAUCAAGCCCAAGGGGAAUUGUCCACAGGUCGACUUUUGGCGAGAAAUUUACUGGUACCAUUCCUAUUGGGUUUCAAAUUUCAACUAUCAACUUUACUCCCUCUGUUAUUGGGUCUUGUAUUGCUUGCCAGCAAAAAAGCCUUCCUAAUAGCUAAGUUGGCACUACUGGCUGUCACGGUAUUCAGUGGGUCGGGCUUCGGACAAUCAUUCGGAGCGUUCAGUCCAGUUUCAUCUUCUUACACGUCUUACGACCAUCCUGUCUAUCAUCACGACCAUCACAGUUCUGGAGGCUACUACACCAGACCACACCACGAGUAUUAUUAUAGGGAGAAAUCGGCAGAAACCACUACAGCAUCACCGAUAACUCCUGAUGAACUAAGAGAUAGACUAGAGAGACUAUUUGUUACGAAAAAAGAAGUGGAGUCAUCUAGAGACGACAGAAACGCUAGAAACUUUGUCUGGACUCCUAUUAACGCUGGCUAA